AUGAUAACGGAUAAUCAAUAUAUGGAUGCUGUCCAAAAAUUUUUCAAUGGGAAACUAAAGCAAUUCAAAGAAUCAGGUGGUUGGGAUGUAGUCAGUGAAAAAGCACGACGUUGUACUUAUAACCGUUACUUGGAAGCUGGAACUGAGGAUUGUGAAAACACUGCGAGACUGAUCGAAAGUUUGAUGGUCACACUGAAGACAAUGAAAUGUGAAAUGCAAGCUGAAGUGGAGCGUUUAGAAGCUAGACAGUUUGAGCGCAUUAGUUUUACAAAAAUGGUCGAAAUUAUUGAUAGUGCUACGAAGAAAACAGAGAAUAUCUCUGAGAACUGCACAAAUAAUAUGAAUAUGGUUGACAAGCUUGUCGAGAGAGUAGAUCCAGUUAUUCCUCUUCCAUCCAUCUCUAUUGUUAACUUGGAAGCAACAACUUCAGGGCUACAAUUAAUAGGGAGCACUUCGAGAAGUGAUCAGAGCAGUGCUUGCAAACAAAUUCAAGGGAAAUCAACUAGGACUCUUGUUGAGAAACUGUAUAGGCCACUGGCAUCCCUAACAGGCUCAUUUACGGUAGAUGAAGAUGAAGAUACAGUAACGUUUUUGGAGCCAUUGCGAGUUCUGACAUUCCAAGAUACAACAAUGGACGAUACUGUAAGGGGUAAAGACGACCUGGAUCAAAUAACAAGCAGUUUAAAGGAAGAAACUGUGGGACCAAUACGCAUAUCAGAACCUCCUGUAUUGAAGUCCGAACUUGCUAAACAAUGGAUUCGUGAAGUUGCAAAGAAAACGUUCUAG